AUGAUGAAUAUGAGCAGUCAGAGUGGUGAGGACUUUUUUGAGGAGAUCCUGGCACUGGUUGAUGAAUUUGAUGCAGCCGAUUUGAACGAUAUCACUCAACGAGUCGAAAGCAUUGAAUGGUGUCGUUUGAGAAACGAUUAUAAGGAGCAAUGCGACAAAGCGAAGAAAUGGUACCGCAAAGCGAUCACUGAAUUACAAGAAAGAAGCAUUGCGCUCAGCGAAUUAGAAGAAACAGAAAAGUCUCUUAAGGAGCAGAAUAAUUCUUUGAAAGUUCAAAUUGGCAACGCUAAUCAGCAACUUGAUGCGAUCAGUGAAGCCGGAAAGAAACUGCUUAGGAAAGAAGAUGAAAUUCAUGCAGAAUUGCAAAAGUUGAAUGAUGUGUUGAAUGCUCGGGAAAUCGAGAAGCAUGAACUUCAGCAGAAAGCUCUACUAAUCCGAAAGAAAUUAAUAUUAAGAAAGCUGGAGCUGAGACGUUAUAAUCCAGAUUUCUUCCCGAGAAGUGGGGACAUCAGCUGUAAAAAUAUUACAUCAGACAUCGAAAGCGUAGUGCCAGCGAACUGCAGUCAGGUGGCCACUGAGAGCAUGUCAAAUUCAAGAACAAUUCAGUGGAACCUGAGCUCUGCCAAAGAGAAUAAGGAGAACGCGGAUUGUAGACUGCUGGACAGCAAAAAUGUUGAUGAGUCAAGUAUGGAACAGGAAGAUUCAGAAACUGUUUCAUGA